ACAAGCAACCUAAUUAGUAGAUACGCAAACGCAAUCAUAUGCACGGCACCAUAUGGCCUGUGCCUAUGCAUAUCUGUACCCAUAUAUAGAAACCGAUCAUCAAUUAAUACAUGCACAAUCCCAACUCAGCAUCCACAUCUUAUACUUAAAGGUCGAUCGAACACUGCCAAGAUUCGCACACAACCUCUCUUUAUAGAUCGACAUGGGGAUCGUCAACGCGCGGCGGCUGAUAUUCCUGACGAGCUUGGCCGUCGCGGCCAGCGUGCUCCUGCCGAGCGGCGCCGCCCAUGCCGGCGCCGGCCACGGCCACAGCGGCUUCGCGAUGGCGAACGGGACGCGGUUCACGGUGGGUGGCCGGCCGUUCCACUCGCACGGGUUCAACGCGUACUGGCUCAUGUACAUGGCGUCGGAGCCUGGGGAAGACCGGGGAAAGGUGUCCGGGACGCUGGAGCAAGCGGCCCGGCUCGGUGCCAGGCUCGUCAGGACGUGGGCCUUCAGCGACGGGGGCAGCAACCGGCCGCUGCAGAUCUCCCCCGGCGUCUACAACGAGGACAUGUUUAAGGGACUAGACUUUGUAAUCGCGGAAGCGAAGAAACGAGGGCUCUACUUGAUCCUGAGCCUGGUGAACAACUGGGACGCCUUUGGCGGGAAGAAGCAGUACGUGCAGUGGGCCAGAGACCAGGGCCACCACCUGGGCUCCGACGAGGACUUCUUCACCGACGGCCUCACCCGGGCCUUCUACAAGAACCACGUCAAGAGUGUCCUGAGCAGGGUGAACAAGAUCACGGGGGUGGCGUACAAGGACGAGCCCACCAUCUUUGCCUGGGAGCUCAUGAACGAGCCGCGCUGCCUGAGCGACCUCUCCGGGAAGACUCUGCAGGGUUGGGUGACGGAGAUGGCCGGCUACGUCAAGUCCUUGGAUCCCAACCACAUGGUGGAGAUCGGGCUCGAGGGGUUCUACGGCGAGUCCAAGCCCGGCCGUAUACAGUUCAACCCGGGCAACUACACCGUGGGCACCGACUUCGUCUCCAACAAUCUCGUCCCCGCCGUCGAUUUCGCCACCAUCCACUCCUACCCGGACCAAUGGCUGCCCGGGGCGAGCAACGCGGCGCAGGUGGAGUUCAUGAGGCGGUGGAUGGCGGCGCACAUGGAGGACGCGGCGGCGGUGCGGAAGCCGCUGCUGGUUGCGGAGUUCGGCUGGUCGGCCCGCUCCAACGGAUACACGGUGCCGGCGCGGGACUCGUAUUACCAGAUGGUGUAUGACGCGAUCUACGCGUCGGCGAAGGCGGGUGGGCCGAGCGCCGGGGGAAUGUUCUGGCAGGUGAUGGCGCCCGGGAUGGAAGGGUGGACCGACGGCUACGAUGUCGUGCUGGAGCGCAGCCCGUCCACGGCCAAGAUCGUCGCCCAGGAGUGCGCCAGGAUCGCCGGCGUGUCGCUUAGCUAGGGACCGGGCGCUACGGACGGUACGGCGUGCCCGGCUCUGCGUGCGUGCGCGGAGGAACGGAGACACACGUACGAAGGAGCCAAACUGGGAUCGAUUGGGAAUAAGUUAUGCCAAGCCAGACGUGCACGAAGAAGGAUAGGACCAGGACUAAACUGAGCUAGUAAUGUUAAGCUGACAGUAAAUCAUCUUGCCAUGCUCGUUUUCUAAGACCGGCCACAUUUUGUCUGACAAUUAAAAAGUUCCCAUAAUUAUGUAUCCAUGUAUAGCAACGGUAAAACGUUCCCUUUCA